AUAAAUAAUGUCAAUGAAGUCAAUUGUCAAAUUCGAUUUGAAUGAAAUUUUAUUGUAAUUAUUUUCAAUUUCUAGCAAUAAUCAGCAUUAAUUAUAUAAACAAACAAAAUAAGAUUUGUUUGUUGAUGCUGACAGUGAAAUGUGAUUUGAAUUUGAACCUGCGUCCUGCACACUUUCACACGAAUCUUGUGUAUUUACAAGAGAUUUGUUCGUACUCAUUACCCAUCAUACUCUCAUCUGUGUUACCCAUGGAGUAAUAUUUAAUUAAACGCAUAAUAUGGAUGGUUUUGAUAAAGAAUUUAUCACACAAAUGUUUCUCGACAGUGACCAUGUUUCUACAGUAAACAGACUAACUGUGGCAAUUGCCAAUGUUGUUACUGAACAUAGUGAAAAUAUUAUUGUAUUCAACGAAGCGUUGGAAAAAGAUUUCGGACAAGUCCUGCAGGCGGUUGACAGUGGAAUUGAAAGUUGUCCUGAUUCCCUAAAGGUGAAUGGAUACUACGAAAAUAUUGUGCGGUCUUUUGAUAAUGAAGAUUACUUAGCAAGAUUUAAAAUGAAGAAAUCCACGGUUCAGGCCCUGAUCAAUUUUCUGAAGGAGAACUUAGAAAGAAACACUGUUGUGCCACUGGAUAAAAAAGUGCAUAUAUUUUUAUGGUUGUUAACUAGUGAUUGUUCUUUCAAUGAAGUUGCAACUUUGUUUGGUCUUCAAAAAGCAACAGUUAGUUAUAUUUUUCACAAAAUGGCCUUAUUAAUUUGUGAGCAGAGAUAUAAUUUUAUUAGCUGGCCAUCUAUAGAAGAGCAACAUGUUACUAGGAUAAAAGUUAACAGUAGAUAUAAGUUUCCUAACUGUGUAGGGUUUAUUGAUGCUUGUCAUUUUAAAGUGGGAGCAAAGCACCGCACUAAAGGCAAACAAGAUACUGUUCUUCUACAAGCAGUUUGUGAUGAAUCUCUAAUGUUCAUAGACAUACACAUUGGUGAUAUUGGAAGGACUAAGAAAAACAAGGUUUUUAAAGAUAGCUCAUUAGCUCAAGAAAUAAAAAAUUUCAUUGAUUUUGAAAAUCAUAUCUUAGGUGAUGCUGAAUAUAAAUUAAGAAAGAACUUAAUGACUCCAUUUUCAAGUGAAGAGUUAUUGACUAGUGAAGAAAUGAAAUUCAAUGAAGUCCACUGGAAAGCUCGUUCUUAUAUUGGACAUGCAUUUGAAUUGCUCAAAGAAAGAUUCAGAAAAUUAAAUUAUAUGGAAGUUGUUAAACCAGAAGUUGUGAACACAUUAGUUUGUGCUGCAUGUGUCCUACAUAAUUUCAUAUUGCUACAUGAAGGUUGUCCAGAAAUUAAAGAGGAGAUGAUCAUAUGUGAUGAAGGAGUUACCAUUGACACGAAUAUAGUUAAAACAGCCUCAGAAAAGCGCCAAUUUUUAUGUAAUUAUAUAAAUUACAUUAAUUUAGACAAUGCAUUGACCUCCCCAGUGAAUGAUUUAUGAAAAGGAAACACAUUUAUAAUUUAAUAAUACUUUUAUUUCACCACUAAUAUGGGAAAUUGAUAAAGUUGCUAAUUAUUAAAUUGAUUUUUUGUAAUAUAAAAAAUAUAAAUAAAAUAUUGAAUAUCAUUCAAUUAUUGAAUUCUGCAAAAUGUACAUUGUAUUAAAAUUUACACUAUAGUAGCUGCCUUUGUUACAAACACAAGUUUAAUACAAUGUAGGAACCUACCUACAUUUUAGGUUCAUUUCAUCAUUUUUAAAAUAAAGCUUUCUUUAAAAACAUGCUCAGCUUUGAAAUACAUAAUAUCAAUAAUUUUAUUAUAGUCCUACCAUGUGUAGCAGGUAUAUACAGAACAUAUAAUUUCUGCUUAACUUAACAGACUUUGAUAAUUUCACGGUGGGAAUACUUGAUUUUUAGAUCUGGUGGUUGCUUCAAUCAGUAUUUGAAUCCACAUUGUUAGUUUAAUCACAUUCAAUAUUGAGAUAAAAAUGAU